CCUCCUCAUGGAGUACACACUGCGAGCGCGGAUAAAACUUUUUGAGACCUCUUACUCACGUUAUUAUCCCGAAAUCUCGUCUUACAGCUGAUGACAUUAAUGCACGGAGACUGCGUGAUGCCCGUAUGACGUUUACUUAAACAAAAGGAACCGGUAACUUUGGCUUUGGGUUUGUUUCUGUCGCUGCUCUAAACUUCAACUCACACAAGAAGUUUGCACUGACUGUGAAGACUGGCUGCUGGUGUGGAGUAUAUUGACGAGAAACUCUACCCUCACUUCUGGAAAUCUCUUGUGUUCACUUCCCCUGCACGAUGGGACACACACUUCUGGUAGUCGUCCUGCUCUUUGCCCUCAGCAGUAUGAUUUCUGCAGGUGUACUGUCACGUAGCCCAUGUGAGUUAUUACCUGUUGGAGAAGGUCACCCCGUGCAGGCCCUGCAGAAGAGCUACACAGCUCUAUCAGGUUGUGCGAGCCGUGGAACCACCAGCCUCUCUCAGGAAGUUCACAUCAUCAACCUGCGCAGCAGCAACACAGAGGAAAUGACAGAGAAACCUGAGGUGGCAUUACACCUGUGUCCCAUCCACUCCCUAUCCGUGCACCAAAAGCCGCUGGUCUUUGUGCUCAACUCACCCAAACCGUUCCAGUGGAGGAUCCAUGCAAGCAACCUGGCUCCUGGAAUUAAAAGGAUCUUCUACGUGUCAGAUGGGUCUGUUGUGCAGUUUGAGGAUGGAAAUCCGUCUCUUUUUGGCGAGGUUCACACAGAGGCGUUACCGCAUGGAAACGAGCACCUGAUGUCCUGGGCUAAACGUCUGUACAAUGCCGUCACUUCAUUUACCGAGCUUAAGAUGACCCAUGACGUCUACAUCAAAGUGGGAGAAGAUCCAGUAUUUUCUGACACUUGCAAAAUCGACAACAAAUUCCUGUCUCUAAACUACCUGGGGAGUUAUUUCCAGCCUCAGGCAUCCAGAGGCUGUGUCCUCUCUGGUCCAGACGUCCCUCAAGAGGUCCACAUCAUCGAGCUGCAGGCCCCAAGCUCCAGCAGUGCGCUGCAGGUGGACGUGACUGUGGAUUUGAAGCCAGUGGAGCCAGAAAUCCCUCUGCAUCGUGACAUUGUGUUGCUCCUCAGAUGUGAGAAGUCUGUGAACUGGGUGAUCAAGGCCCACAGUAUCAUCGGCAAACUGCACAUAGUGACAUCAGACAGCGUUAGCUUGAAUGCUAGCACUGAGAGACUGAUGCAGGUCUCGAAGGCGGUGAAGCAGAAGCUGCCUGCUGGAGCUCAGGCUUUGAUCCAGUGGGCCGAGGAGAACAACUACAGCCCAGUCACUUCCUACACCAGCACUGCAGUGGCCAAUAUCUUCUACCUGCGUGUUAAAGAAGCAGGAAUGGUGAAUCCAUUUGAGAGCAUGCUUCCCCCUGAGCUCUCUAUCCUGCGAAACACUGAUCCUCGUGAUCACACUCGUCCUGACCUGCCCUUCCUUUUCCCCUCGGUGAUGGACCAGGAUCCAUCUUUCCCUUUCCCACCUACUCUGCAUGAUCCAACAUGGUCACAGCGUGGUCCUGAGGAGUACCGUGGAGCUCUGAGUGGGAUUCUCAGUGUGCAGUGUGAGGAAAACAGAAUGGUGGUCAGCAUAGACAAGGAGAGCCUGCAGGCAACAGGUAUAAGUAAAGCCAACAUAACCCUGCAGGACCCACAAUGCAAAGCAACAUCCAACUCCACUCAUUACAUCCUGGAGACUCCACUGACUGGCUGUCAAACCACUAAAUACCCCAUGCACCACCCAAGCCCAGUGGUCCUCUACAUCAAUUCAAUCAUGAUCAGACAGUCAGAGAGCAGGGAUGGCAGCGGCUGGCCGACGGAUGAUGAAGAUCUGGAUUCAGAGAGACCAUCAUCGGGACACCACUCUAGCAUCUUGUUUAACUGCUCCUACCGUAAAGCUGAAGAUGCUCCUACACACUUUCGACUAGACUUUCAGCAUGAGCCUGUGGAAAAUGUGACAUUCAGCAUGGAGCUGUACAACACCAGCCUAUUCCGCCACCCACAACCUUCUUCCUUCUUCCAGGUCAUGGAGAACAAGCCCAUUUUUGUGGAGAUCUCAGUCACUAAGGCAGAUCCUGAUCUAAGCUUCAUGAUUCAGACAUGCUUUAUCUCUGAAAAUUCUAAUCAUGAGGUACUGUCUGAAUAUGUCCUCAUCGAGAACAUAUGUCCCAAGGAUGAGUCUGUCCAUUACUACCCUCAGAAGGUGGACAGGAAGCGAUUCAGCUUUGACUUCAGGUCAAAGUUCAAAGUACCAUUGCUCUUCCUGCACUGUGAGAUGUCCAUCUGCUCAAAGAGACACAACAUGCAUCAAGGACUGCCGAAGUGUAUGCUUCCUAACGAGGCCUGCACGUCUGUUAGCGGGGAAACCAUCAUCAAAAUGAUGAUGAACAGCAAAACCUCCACAAAGCCGUUGGUGGUCAUCAGUGAUGGUGAUAGUGAUGAAGAUCCCACAACCCACGCGCCCAUAGGGUUUACGAACAGCGAUCAACCUCACACACUGGACACCCCAACAGUGGUGGGCAUCGCCUUUGCAGCCUUUGUCAUAGGAGCUCUGCUUACUGGUGCGCUCUGGUUCAUCUAUUCCCACACAGGUGACUCAGCAGUGAGACAAAAUGUGCCGAGAUCCCAUCCUGCCUCAGAGAACAGCAGUGGAGCUCACAGUAUCGGCAGCACACAGAGCACACCAUGCUCCAGCAGCAGUAAUGCAUAGCAUACACAAACACACACACAAGCAUACACACACACACACACACACACACACACACACACUGUGGACCUGGCAGGUCACCACAAGAGUCUCCGAUCACAUUCAUUUUUUCUACACCAUCAAUCUUGGAUGCUUUCUGCGAGUAAAGGACUGAAUGAAUUUUGUAGAACAUCGCAUCUCGUAACCAGCUCGGCUUUCGUCCUAAAAUAUUCGGGAAUGUGAAAAAGGAGCAGAGACAAAAGCCUUGACAAAAUGUGGAUAAAAGAUGAAAAAUGCUGGUGAGGAACAAGGCAUGAGAACCACCUAUACCACCACAUUUAAUUUUUCCCAUAUAUGGUUGGAAAUGUCUGUUGAUAACAAAGCUUGUUUACUGCACUCUGUUCUUACCGUGUGGAAGCAUCUGGAAGAUGAGAGAGUUUGAUGCUGAGAGUGUGGUUGCACAAUGUUCGGUGUGCCAAAGCAAGCAUAAUUCUUUUCAGUCAAGAUUUCAGCCAAUUCAUAAUUAAUACAACAUCUGUCUGGUUCAGCAAUAAUAAUCCUAAAGGGGGAAAAAACAGACCACAUUUUUGACACAAACUACUGCAUUUUAUCCGUUUACUAGACAUCUAUGUUCCAGUGGAAAAAGCUCUAAAAAUGUUUUUUUUUUUAUUAUUAUUAUUAUUUUUGUUUUAUUUUUAUGUUCCACAGGCUGUAUUUCUUGUGUAAGACUUGUCAUAAAAGCAUAACAGCCAAACCAGCACUUAAUAUAAUAAUAUAUAAAAUUAUAGUUACUAUAUAUUACAGUAUGGUCACGUAAUAGAAUAACAGGCCUAAAAUACAUUAAUCUGUUAGAAGAAAAAAUAGAUUUGGGUUUCAGAAUUUAAAUUAGUAAUGAAAUAGUUUUUUCUUUCAACUUACCUCUUAAUAACAUUGAAUAUUGAUGUUUUUUACACCUUAUUGGUUGAGGCAAAGCCGAUAUUAUAAUAAUUUCCUGAUUCUUAUAUUUUAGGUCUUAUUUUAAUUGUGUUGCGUUAUUACAGCACUAAUGGCUUGUGAGUGUAAAUGUUUUGAUAAAGGUUUUAUCAGACAAAAAAAAAUAUCUAUAGAUAUACUGUAAAAAAUAAUUUUAUAUAUAUAUAUAUAUAUAUAUAUAUAUAUAUAUAUAUAUAUAUAUAUAUAUAUAAUAUUUUUGUAUAUAAAAUGUCUAUAAAGAAUUUUACAAUUAUGCUGAUAUUAUGCAAUGAUCUAAUCCUAAUGCUAUCUAAAGUUCACUACUUAAUACUAUGUGUUUCUAAUACUAGUAUAUAGAUGAUUCCUUAAAAAGAAAUCAUUUAAAGAAUUAUUUAUUUAUUAAUGUACAUGUGUCACAGCUGUACACAAUGAUUUGGCAUAAACAAUACAGCAAUUUUUAAUAGAUGUUCAUUAACCAGUAUGUAUCAUCACAAACUAUGUUAAAGCGUAUUUCAAUAAGAGCUUUACAUAGUGAAGAUAUCAAGAGGAGCCUCAUGAAUAAGGAGAAGCAGCAGCUUAGACCUCAUGAUUCAAUGAUUUAAUACAGAAAUCCUAGGUCUGACUAUUCAGAAAGAGAGAGUAGUUUAUUAACAGAUUAUAUUAUCUCUCUCAUGGCUAUAUUCGAUUUUAUGUGUACAGCAUGCAAUGUGCAAUUGUAGAAAUGUAACUAUAAGAAAUUUAAAGGCAAUUCAUCAGAAAGGUCUCCAGUAUUGGAAACAGAUUUAACACUUCCAGAUCAGAUGCCCAGUGUUGUAUUCACUCAUACAGCAUUCAUUGUGUGUAUGAAUGUAUGCAUGCAUGCACGCACACUCUCUACCCAAAGGUUUGUGGACACCUGAACAUCACAUCCAUAUGUGCUUAUUGAUUGCGUCCUGCUUUGCUUGUUAUAAUAACCUCCACUCUGGUAAACACUUUUCACCAGAUUCUGUGCUCAUUUAGACACAAGAGCAUUAGUGAGAUCAAACACUGAUGUUUGAUAAAGAGGUCCGGGGUACAGUUCAUCCCAAAGGUGUUAGGGCUCUGUGCAGGACACUUCAUUGACCUCGCUUUGUACACGAGAGCAUUGCCAUGUUGAACAGGUUGGACCUCUUCGAUCCAGUGAAGGGAAACUGUAAUUCUACAUCAUUCAAAGACAUUCAAGACAAAUGUGUCAAAAAUUAUGGCAAAGGUAUUGGGCAGAACCACAUACAGAAUAUUUGUGAUGAUCAGGUGUCAUGAAUUUUUACUGUAGUUAGAGAGAAAAAAUGCUUAAUGACUUGUUCUGGAGACCUAAAGCAAUACUUCAGCUGAAAAGAAAACGUAACAAGUUCCUUUUUAGACAUAUUAGGUUUCUGUACCAUUAAUCUACUAAUCUUUAACUGCCCCAAGCAUUUAAAUAAUCCAUUCACAUGCAGAGAAAGAUUUUAGACUAACAUUCCAACUAACAUCAUAUUACCGUAUGUGUUAUUGUAUAUUUCCUUUUCGCUUUGCCAUACAGUGCUUGUUUUUUAUACCGUUUAUGGUAGGUGUCAGUACAAAGUGAAGCCAAAGGGAUUCCCACCGUCACAAACAACCAUGAAUGUUGCCAUUUCAAAUAUGCCUUAAAAUCAGAUCCCAAAAUGAUGAAAUGAUUUGAGGAAUGAGGGGAGCUGGUUUGGCUUGGUUUGCUUUGUACCCAGCAUGCAGUGUAUUAUCUUCACAUGUGAAGCUUCAUAGAACUUUGUGCAUCUCAUAAUUGUGUCACGUGCUGCAGAAUCUAUAGAAUGUAUUUUAUUUUAAAGCUUUCAAGUGCAUGUUAACUUGUAUAGAUGUCUUCAAAACAGAGCAGAGUAUGAAAAUAUAUAGAUAAAUAUAUUUGUGUAUAAAAAUAUAUUUUUGAGAAAACUUAAGACCUAGAGCCAAACUAUGAUUUUAAUCAUAUACUGUGAAUUCUUUUCAGCUUAUUUCUGUAGAUACAAGGAUAUGGGACAAUACUAAAUGACACGGUUUAUUACAUCCACUUACCUGCUGUGCUGAAAUUAAUCCACUACCCAAAUCAUAUCUGAUCAGUCAUGGGCCUACAGUACAGUGGUGUGUUUGACAUGGUAGGCAGGAUAGAUCGAUGGAGGCUGACACGUGAUACAGACAAACUGCAGUCUGUAAUUACAUUUGCAGAGUGUACUUGUGUAGUAGAUUUUUCUGAUAAGCUGACAACUUUGUGUCUUCUUUUUCUUUUUUUUUUUUUUUUUUUGGAAGGUGUUUCCUGUGUGUAGCAAUUUUGGGUGAUAAACUUUUUUGUACAACAAACGAGCACAUGCUUUCAUGUAAACUCUAUACUUAUUUGUUGGAUGUGAGUGUGCACAUGUAAAGGAGUUUUUGUCACGUUGCCUAAAACUAUAGAGAUUAUUGUGUCUCAGACAACAUUAGUGGAGUAUUAUUAACAAAUAUUAACCAAACUUAAUUAAAAAAUAACUCAAAUUGUCACCCUCAUUUACAAGUCAUUUUUGGGUAAAAUAUUGUGGCUCGCUGAGUCAAAGGUCCUUUUGUCAAACAUUUUAAUGCAUGGCAUCUAUUAAAACAUUUGCAUCCAUAAAAAUAUGCCAAAUAUUAGAAGCCUAAAAAUGCCACAAAACCUGUAAACAAAAAUCUUCUCAAUGAGAACAAAGGGGGGUGAUAAAGGUGAAAGGUUUUUUUAAAACUUAUUUUUUUAUAUUCUGAUUGUUCUAACUGUAUUUGCUGUCUCUGUUUUUAAAUUGUGAUACUUACUGUUCUGCUUGUUUAGAACUGUUGCCAUAAAUUAAUCCCCUAAACAACAAUGCUGUCAUGAACAUUUGUGAAGUUGCAAAUUAUUUAAAAUGCAUACUCCACUGUAGUCAAGACAAAAAGACAAAAGCACACUUUCCUAGAAGGCCAGAUGCAUGUGCAUAUGCUUGUAUUUGUCUGUAUGUUUGCUGUUAUAUCUACCUCAAAUUUGUGUGUAUGUGUGUGUGUAUGUGUGGGUGUGGGUGAGCGUGUGUGUGCGUGUGUGUGUGUGUGUGGAUGCAUGCAUACCUUAUUGAGUUUGGAAUAGCUCUGUGUGCUGUUCUCCAAUACAUAUGCAUUUUAAGAAUCACUAAAAGCUGGAUGCUUAUUUUGUCAUACAGUACAUUAAAUUUAGUAAAUGUUAAUGUGAACUAAAACACACUUAAAGCCGCUCUGUUGACAAAUCAGGUCCGUCUGUUGGCUGUCUGAUUGUAUGUGAAACUUUUGUCUGUAAAUAAACUGUGCUGUAAAUAAGCAUGCUCUCUAAAUGUUCCAUGUGUGUAUAUAUAUAUAAAUAUAUCUAAAAUAAAGUCAUAUAAUCUUCA